CAGCGGCACAUCACCAGAUCCAACUUCACACCUUCCUUAGUCCGCUUACUACGAUAAGUCAAUUCUCGAGCUCUCAUUCGAUUCCUACGACCUUCAUCAAUUCUGCGACCUCAAAGUACCGAGUAUAGUCUUCCUCAACUUCUCGCGCCUCGGUCAAGAACAAAUCACGUCGCUCGCAAUAGCCACUUUCUUCAUCACGACUGGACACGCGACAACAACCCCCCACCAACCUUUGACUUCCCGAUAAGGAAACAUGUCGAGCGUGCGUACACGAAGGCAGGCGGCGGCGGUUUCAACUCCUUCAACACCAACUCCGGCCCCUCGAGGACAGGAAGUCGUCCUGAACGGCAAUGGAUCAGCUCACCACCAUGAGAAGGAUUAUCCCAAGGAGAACAUAUUUCUUUUCUGGCCGAACCUCAUUGGGUAUGCGAGAAUUGUCCUCGCGUUCGCGUCCUUAUACUACAUGCCACUCCAUCCUCGAACUUGUUCGGGUCUCUACAGCGUUUCCUGCCUCCUCGAUGCUCUUGAUGGAUAUGCCGCUCGACAUUUCGAACAAUCGACUAGAUUCGGUGCUGUGCUAGACAUGGUGACUGAUCGAUGCACAACUGCGUGCCUCUUGGUCUUCCUGGCCUCUGCCUGGCCGCGCUGGGCCAUUGUCUUCCAGGGGCUGAUCUCCUUGGAUCUGGCCAGCCAUUACGUACAUAUGUAUGCGACUCUGAUUAUGGGAGGAGCGGACACCAGUCACAAGAAGGUCGAUAAAAGCAGGAGCUUCAUCUUGAAUUUGUAUUAUACGAACAAGACGGUCCUGUUUCUCUUCUGCGCUCUCAACGAACUCUUCUUCAUCGCCUUGUACCUGCUUUCGUUUUCUUCGCCAUUCUUGUCUCCGUCCCUUCUUCAAGUUUCGAAUAACGGAACCGCGUCGACACUUCAACCCGGAAGCCCUGCGAUCCCCCCUACGCGCCUCUUCUUUGCCAAUCCGUAUAGUGCUGGGGCAUUGGAAUAUGCGCGAGCAAAUAAAAUGGACUCAACCGUGCCGUGGAUAAUUGCUGGUAUUAGUUUCCCCGUCAUGGCCGGAAAGCAAAUCAUCAACGUCGUUCAAUUGGUGAAGGCCUCCAGAUGGCUGGCCGAGGGAGACAUUGAGAUGAGAAGAGCAGCGGGGUUACCAAGAAAGCAGAAGCAGAAGUGAAAUUGACGAUCAAGUGGAGUGGCAUUCUGGGUGCACGUUGGUGGAUGUGUUAGCGUUGAUGAAGCGGUUGGGUUGCAUUUGGAUAGGGCUGCUCAUUCUCGGGCGUCUUCGAUCGUUUGUACCUUUAUUUCGGGACGGGUAUGCAUGCUCGGAAGUGUGGCAUUGUCCUUGCAUCGUUUUUGUACCUCUUAGUUUCCGUCGUCAAUCAUAGGGACCGAGAGGAUCGGCGUUGGAGGGACAUUUGCCAGAAUAUAUGAGUGGGCCACUGGGGCUGCUUUGAAGGCAUAAAUACAUAAUUAAUAAUUAGCAACGCGCAUGAGAGCUGAGAUCAGAGGAACUGAUGUCAUGAAUGGCGUGAAUGGCUAGUGAAUUUUUUAAAACGAGCAUGUAUUUAAUUUUGGCCAUAUUGACUAGACCGCCC